AUGCGAUUGCAUUACCUGAGUUUGUACAAGAUGUUUAAUGCGGUUGCACAAAGAAUUAUAUCCUUACAGAGGAGGUUCUUUUGGGGGAAGGAUGAUGGUAGACUUGGUAUGGCCCUUGUGAAGUGGGAGCUGAUCCAGGCACCAAAGAAGCUAGGAGAAUUGGGGGUGGGUGAUGCGACAUUGCCGAAGAGAGGGGGUCCAUGGAGAGACAUAUGUCAAGUGCAAAUAAGGGAGCAACAUGUCAGGCAGAAGAUGAUUGAUGGCCUUGCUAUGAAAGUAGGAGAUGGAAGAUCCACCAGAUUUUGGGAGGAUACAUGGCUGCAAGUGGAGAAGUUGAAAGACUCCUUUCCGAGACUCUUCUUGAUUUCAAACCAAAAAGGAUCAGUAACUGGGGAGUGUGGGUUCUGGGAUGGGAUAGAGUGA